CGCUCUCAGCUCUCCAGCUUCCACUUCUUAAAGUUUGAGACAGCGUCCCUGCUGAGGGAAAAAAGAUGGAUUUUCAGUGCGGAUAUUAAAGGCAAUAGGAUUUAAGAAACCAGAACGAUUGAGGUCACCACUAAAGUGUACAUUUCAUUCAUACGUUAUUUUAUUUAACCCCCUUUUCCAUGGCGACGGCACGGUCAUCGAUAAGCGCUCUGUACUAAGUACGCGAGGGAUUUUGUUGUCUACCUGGGGAGGAAAUCUGGAUUAACAGAUAAACUGUAAUGGCUAACUAACGCGUUUCUCUUUUGGACUACCGUGAACGGAUUUACACUCCGAAAACUCCGCAGAUGAAGAUGGCUGUGUGUGGAGGAUGCGCGGCGUCCUGGAGGAGGUGUGUGGUGAUGAGUCUCAGACUGCUGUUCCUUCUCCCCGCAGGUCUGCCUGUCCGCAGUCAAGGAGAAUCCCAAUCCGAUAACAAACAGAUGGACAAUAUCACCAUCAGACAAGGAGAGACGCUCUUCCUCAGUUGCUCACAAGGGGACUUUGUGACACACACAGCAUGGCUGAACAGAUCAAGUAUACUGUACGCUGGAGAGGAUAAGUGGUCUGUGGACCCCCGGGUGAGUUUGGUUACUCUGAACCAGGAUGAGUUCACCAUCAAGAUAGAGGAUGUGGACUUGACAGACGAGGGCCAAUACAUCUGCGCGGUGCAGACUAGCACCAGACCCAGGACCACUUCCGUGCACAUCAUCGUUCAAGUUCCUCCAAAGAUUGUGAACCUUUCAAAGGAUCUUGUGGUGAACGAAGGCUCCAACGUCACUCUGAUGUGCCUGGCUAACGGAAAACCAGAACCUGCCAUCGUCUGGAGAAUAAUAUCACCUGCAGAUGACAGCCUAAGCUCAGACAAUGAGGUUCUGGAGAUUCCCUUCAUCAGCAGAUAUAGAGCAGGAGUGUACGAAUGCACCGCAGCGAACGACAUUGCAGUGGACACACAGACUGUUGAGCUCACAGUCAAUUUCCCUCCCAGUAUUUCAGAUGGCAGAGAUGUUGGCGUGACCCUGGGUCAGAGAGGUGUCCUGCUUUGUGAGGCAGAUGCUGUACCCGAGGCAGAUUUUGAGUGGUACAGAGAUGACAGGAGGAUCUUCAAUGGCUUUGAUGGCAUUGAGAUCGAGAAUGACGGAGCACUUUCAAAGCUGACUUUCUUCAACGUGUCCGAGGCAGACUAUGGCAAUUACUCCUGCGUCGCUGUCAACAAACUUGGGAGCGCUAACACCAGCAUCGUCCUAUACGAAAUAAUUGAACCCACUAGUUCAACGCUAUUGCAAGUGGAGACGGCUUCUGUUUUAGAAAUGACUUCAUCCGAUUUAGAGCACACAGCCUUUGAAAACAAUGAUUUGUUGCAAGGACCCGGAGCAGUUCAGGAUGGAAACAGCGGCACGUCUACGGUCUUCACACCCACCUGUCUACUUCUCAUCGUACUUCUACAUCUCUUGCUCAAGUUUUGAUGCCGAAGAUGUUUUCAGUGGAGAAAAAAUCACUGUUUGUGUGACAUCGCUCUCAUCCUGGAGUCACAAAUCGUGCAUGGGUUACCAAAAAUGCCUGGAAAUGUGCAUGGGGUACCCAAGUACUUUCUUUUAAUGAAGUAAUCAUGCAUUUCUUUGGUUUAUAAUAGAGUUUAAUAAUGUAACUUCUCUUACAUUGCUAAUCAUCACACUGUUUUGCCCCAAGCGAAUACAGUUUUGUAUUCCGUAAAAGCAAAAGACAGAGAGGCAUGUCUAAUUUGAAAUAUUAAAUUGUAUUUAUUUUUGUGACUGUCAUUUUAAUUUAACUCUGUAACUUCUUAAGAAUUCAUAUAGAAUACAGUGUGAUAGGGGAAUAAUUCAAGUCAAAGGCAUGCGAUAAGAAAGGGCAUAUCUCUCAUUUUUUAUUUUGAAUUGUCACUAUGUUUUUACUAUACAGCAAAAUCAAAAUAAGCAGCAAAAAAGACACAAACACACGUUUUUGCUCUGUAAUAAUCACAUCAUGUUUCGUUUUGAGAACUUCUAAUCUGCAUUUUAGCAUUUAACACUCACAACCGAAAACAAUGCG